CUCUUUUGGGUGGAAAAACCUUUCUGCUCUUAUUCUCAUGAUUACAUAUGCUGUCACAUUUCUUCCUUUCGCCUCCCAAAGCUUCCCUGGAACCUGGGCUCCCAGAAACGCAGUGCUGGAGCAGAUGGAUAAUGGAGACUGGGGCUAUAUGAUGACUGACCCAGUCACGUUAAAUGUAGGUGGACACUUGUACACGACGUCUCUCACCACAUUGACGCGUUACCCAGAUUCCAUGCUUGGAGCUAUGUUUGGGGGGGACUUCCCCACAGCUCGAGACCCGCAAGGCAAUUAUUUCAUUGAUCGAGAUGGACCUCUUUUCCGUUAUGUCCUCAACUUCUUAAGAACUUCAGAGUUGACUUUGCCCUUGGAUUUUAAGGAAUUUGAUCUGCUUCGGAAAGAAGCAGAUUUUUAUCAGAUUGAGCCUCUGAUUCAGUGUCUCAAUGACCCUAAACCUUUGUAUCCUAUGGAUACUUUUGAAGAAGUUGUGGAGUUAUCUAGUACUCGGAAGCUUUCUAAGUACUCCAAUCCAGUGGCUGUCAUCAUAACCCAAUUAACCAUCACUACCAAGGUCCACUCCUUACUAGAAGGCAUCUCAAACUAUUUUACCAAGUGGAAUAAGCACAUGAUGGACACUAGAGACUGCCAGGUUUCCUUUACUUUUGGACCCUGUGAUUAUCACCAGGAAGUUUCUCUCCGGGUGCAUCUGAUGGAAUACAUUACAAAACAAGGUUUUACGAUUCGCAACACCCGAGUGCAUCACAUGAGUGAGCGGGCCAAUGAGAACACAGUGGAGCACAACUGGACUUUCUGUAGACUGGCCCGGAAGACAGAUGACUGAGCUCCAGCCCUGGGAUAAGUUCCUGGAAACUUUUUAGGAGAUGAGAUGGAAGAGACUGAUUUUUUUUUAUUUUCUAAAUCAGUGUGGGUUUUUUUUUAUUUUUUAAUAUUUGUAUUUAUUUGAAGGCAUUGAAGACCAGAAAGGAAGUUUUGUGCUUUAACAGACCCCUCCAUGUUUUGUUUCCUCCACCUCAGUAUGCAUGUGCCUGUUCAGUCUCCAGAUACCUUUUUUAUAAAAAGAAGUCUGAAAAUUGUUAUGGUAUUAUAAUCUACCCUUUAACAGAAUUGUGUUUUUUUUUUUUUUUUUAAUACAGUGCUUAAAUGGUCCCUAACUCAACUAGAAGGUUAAAAAUGCAGCAAUGAAAGUUAAGCAGAGUACUCACAAUGCCUUUGAGAAAAAUCAGAACAUCAUGUAGGGUGACUUAGUUUCCAAACCAAUAAGCAGUAUUGUAAUAUUAAAGGAAAACUGUUCCAAUCAUUUAAAAGUACUUGUUAAGUACUGCUUUUUACAGUUAUGACAACUGUUUCUUUCUAUGCAUAUAAAUCAAGCAACCAAAUAUCUGUAGCCAUGGAAAUGUCUGAAUAGAAAUAUUUAUAUUGGAUUCUGAAUACAGAAUGUCCCUGUGGUAGAAAUCUUACUUUUAUGCCUGGUACAGUAUAAUUCUCACGUGUACUGUCUACCAGGAAAAAGCUAAUAAAAAAAUGAAAU